GUCGGGCGGCGCGGGCGCUGAGGUGGGGCCGCGCAUGCGCGCUGGCCGCUCUCCCCCUCCUUCCUCCUUCUCUCGGGCAGCGGCGGCGGCUGCAGCGGGGCCGCGCGGAGCCGUCUCCUCCCGCUCGCCAGGGCCCCCAGGCCGCGCUCCCAGCCGGAUAUGGCUCGUGGACAGCAGAAGAUUCAGUCGCAGCAGAAAAAUGCCAAAAAGCAAGCUGAGCAAAAAAAGAAGCAAGGACAUGAUCAGAAGGCUGCAGCCAAGGCUGCCUUGAUAUAUACCUGCACUGUCUGUAGGGUCAGAUACUGGAGAGCUGGCAGGGAGAGAAAGGAAGUCCUUCCAUUUCCAGUGAGCUCCAAGGGAGGAAACGAGCAGGAAAGCUCAAUGAAGCAUUCACCACUCAAGAGGAGGCUAGAACAGAGGAAUGGGAACAUCAGAGAGUACCAUCAAAAAAUGAAGCAGGCUCAGCAUGAUGUGCAAGAUAUAGGAGCUGACUGCAGGAAGAGCCAAGCACCUCUCACAUGCUGUGGCUCACUCUGAGAGGGAGGACAAACUUCUCCUGCAUCAAGAGAGAGUUGGAUGCUUGCCUUGAAAGCCAACUCUUCUUCUGCAAGAAGAACUCAAAAGUCAUCUGAGACUGCUUGACUUGGAUUGCUGUUAUCCCACCUGUACAAUAAGGGAGAACUGGAUGGGACGUGCAUGCUUGACUUCCAGGCAAGCUAACCUGAGACUCCAAGGUGUUAACCACAGCUUGUCAACUCUCUGGAGGUUAAUUCCUUUCCUUAAUCCUGUGUCAUCCCAAUGGAUUUGCCAGUGUGUCCUCUGAUAGCUGCAAAGCAGAAGGCUAAUGCCAGGGUUUAUAAAGGAAAGAAGGGAAAGCUUUUAUAACUGAUGUGGACAUGAUGAGUAUUUCAAUUGUGUUGAAAUCUUCUUUGUUUUAUUAUAAAAACAUAAUAUUGCUAAAUGACCAAUCUUGGAUGCAAUGACUCCAUGCUUAUUUUCUUAGUAUAUUUUCUUUUGCAUGUAACACUUCUGCAAAAGUAAAUGCUUACAGACUCCCU